AUGGCAGAGGAAAUUCGGAAGGGAUUAAAGAAAAAACGAAGUACCGCGAAGGGAAGAUUUCACAGAAUAUACGGACGUCUUCUGGAGAAAAUUCAGGAUGAAGAAGAAUCAGAGGUAAUCAAACAGAUGUUAGAUGAUCUAGAACAGUCAUACAAGGGCAUGGAAGUUCGGCAUUGUGAGUAUCUAGAGAACUUUGAUUCAGACAAUGAAGACGACAAAACUAAAGUGGACGAAGUGAACCACGAUAUGAACACUUUAUACAAAGAGUUGUGUAAAGCGAGAUCCCUUUGUUUCAAAUUAACAACACAAAAGAAUGCAUUGAAAGAAAAGUGCGGUAAAAACCAAUCUUUAAAGGUGAAAAAAUUGGAUCCACCACACUUUAGUGGCAAGAUACGGGACUAUCCUAGCUUUAGAUUGGAUUAUAUUACCCACAUGAUUCCGACUUAUGGAGAAGAUCCAUUCGCUUUGAAAAGUUCUUUGUCUGGAGAACCCUUGGAAAUUAUUAAGGGAGUGGACAAUAACUUUGAGGAGAUGUUGAAGCGUCUUGAUCUAAAAUAUGGAAGGCCAGAAAAGUUAACAGACACUGUUUUGACUGACAUAAAAGCACUGGAAACAGUUCCGGAAGGAGACAGUAUGAAGUUUAUAGAAAUGGUGGGAACUGUGGAGGGAUGUUGGCUAAUUCUAAAGCGUAUGGGCUUGGAAAGGGAAAUGAAUACUGCUACCAUGAUAUGUGAGAUUGAAAAGUUAUUACCAUCUAUUCAGAAGAGAGAAUGGGCCUUACGGAAGCUAAAGAUAAAGUCUACAGACUUCUCUGAAUUCUUGAGAUUUCUUUUGGACGAGAAGACCGCGAUUGAAUACAUGACUUCAGAUAUUAGAGGUAGUGAAACGGACAUUGUUUCCCGUAAGGGACGAAUACAUACCAUGACAAAUUUACAAGAGGAGAAAAAUGACAAAGUUGACAAUGCAUUUGUUAAUGUUAUACAGAGUCAAAUGCAACAAAAUGAACAGAAAAUGCAACAGGUGAUUGAUGGACUAGCACAAGUAACGGAUGCUCUUCUUAACGGCAAACAAAAGGGUGUGACACAUAACACUACCAGAAAUGACAUUCCUUUAAGAAAAAAAUGCUGGUAUCAUGAGACAGAUAAUCACUUCAUCGGAGACUGUACAGGUUUUUCUGCCUUGGAUGGAGAAACAAAGAUGGAAUUAUUAAGAAGAAAUGGCGCUUGUUUUAGUUGUUUGAAAAGUGGUCAUCUUUCAAAACGGUGUGUAAACAGAAAACCUUGUGAUAUCACAGACUUUAAUCAACAAAAAUGUGGUAGAUUUCACCACCCAUUCUUACACGGGGCAAUCUUAAAUGCAAGUGCGCAUCAUCAUAAUGUGAACAUAGUUAAUGAAGAGCAAGGAAAGAAGGGAGUCAUUCUCAUGAUCAGUAAAGUGAAAAGCAACAGUGUGUCACUAACUACUUUAUGGGAUCCCGGAGCUAAUAUAUCACUUCUGACGUACGAAUCGGCUAGAAAGCUUGGACUGAAGGGACGUGAAGUAAAUUUGUCAAUAACAAAGGUGGGAAAUACAUCUGAGUGUAUUCAAAGUAAGGAAUAUUUGCUGCCACUGACAGACAUGAAUGGCAAGGUCUGGCAAGUCAAAGUAUAUGGAAUUAACAAAAUUACAGCAGAUAUUUCAAAGGUGGAUGUCCAUGGAGUAGUGAAAUUCUUUAAAGGGGUCAAAGAGGGAGACAUCUUGAGACCUGAAGGAAAAGUGGAUCUGCUUAUAGGAGCCGAUUGUUGCAUUUUAUUACCGGAGAAAGUUGAUCAGAUUGGAAAUCUCCAAUUGAUGCGGAACCAAUUUGGAUAUUGUAUUAGAGGAAGUCAUGACAAUUUACGAGUACUUGUUACAGCAGAAUCAAAUCUUGUGUGCAUUCAUCAUACUUCAGGAAGGAUAAUUGAGCCUAUUCGGUUGAACAUAGGCAACUUUAAGACUGUUGUUGAUUACUUUUUCGACAUAGAAAGUCUAGGAACUUAUUGUGUGCCAAAAUGUGGAAGUUGCAGGUGCGGGAAAUGCCCACCAGGUAAUGGAAGUUAUACUCUGAAGGAAGAACGUGAGCUACACCUUAUAAAGGAUGGACUUCAAUAUGACAAAUUGGGUAAAUACUGGACCGCUACAUAUCCGUGGGUUAAAGAUCCAAAGUAUCUCCCUAACAAUGUGAACGCAGCAUUGUAUCGAUUGAGAUCCACAGAAAGAUGUUUGGAAAGAGCAGGACCAGAUUACAGUAAAGCAUAUGGUGACCAGAUUAUGGAUAUGGUGGAAAGGAGCGUGGCAAGAAAAUUAACCGAUGAAGAGAUGGAUACAUACGAUGGGCCUAUUCACUACAUUCCACACCACGAGGUCUUAAAACCAAAUUCCAAAUCAACACCUGUGCGGAUCGUAUUUGAUUCAUCAUCGUCGUAUAUGGGUCAUGUAUUGAAUGAAUAUUGGGCAAAGGGACCAAAUGUUCUGAAUGACCUUUUAGGGGUCAUCAUCAGAUUUAGACAAAGGAAAAUAGCUAUUGCAGGAGACAUCACCAAGAUGUAUAAUGCAAUCAAACUAUCUGAAAGAGAUCAGCAUACACACAGAUUUGUAUGGAGAGACUUGCAGUUAGACAAACUACCUGAUCAUUAUGUAUUAACAUCAGUGACAUUUGGAGACAGACCCAGCGGAGCAAUUUCCACUAUGGCCUUGCGGAUGACAGCAGAAAUGCAUCAAACUGAAUACCCAAAGGCAGCAGAAUUAGUCAUUAAAAACAGUUAUGUGGAUGACUUACUUAUCUCAGUGAAUACUGUUUGUGAGGCCAAGGAAAUAAUUCAGGAUACUGAAAUGAUGUUAAGUCAUGGAGGAUUUCGCGUUAAACAUUGGAUAAUCUCUGGUGAUCAAAGUGAGCAUUUUACAGGAAUGAAUGUGUUGUGUGCAGAACAGGAAAACAUUCUUGGAAUGUGUUGGUUACCCAAAGAUGACGUUUGGACAUUCAAGGCAAAAUUGAACUUUUCGUCGAAAAGACGUGGAAUACAUUUAGAAGAUGAUCUCAAGGAAGAACAAUUGCAUCUUAUUCCUGAUAAUUUAACUCACAGGAUGGUCCUUAGUCAGGUAGCAGGCAUUUAUGAUCCUCUAGGACUUAUUGCCCCAUACGUAUUAUAUGCGAAAAUUCUCAUGAAAAGCAUGUGUUCCAAAGAAAUUCAGAAUGGAUGGGAUGAACCUAUGAAUGAAGAAAUCAGGGUUAAAUGGAUGCAAUUCUUUAGGGGAUUGUAUGAAUUACAAUCAAUAACAUUCAAAAGAUGUAUUAUGCCAGAAAACGCGGAAGGUGAUCCAAUUCUUGUCAUAUUCUCAGAUGGAAGUCAACAAGCCUACGGUGCAUGUGCCUACAUUAGAUGGCAUACUAACGACAACACAUAUGAAUCAAAUCUAGUUAUCGCAAAAAAUCGAAUUGCACCAGCGAAGCAGUUGUCAACUCCUCGUCUCGAAUUGUGUGGAGCAGUGCUUGCAUCUAGACUUCAUCAAAAACUUGUGACAGAACUGGACUUUAGAUUCAGCAAGAUUGUACAUAUCGUUGAUUCGAUGAUUGUCAGAGCACAAAUACAACGAGAGAGCUAUGGUUUUGGAACAUUUGUGGCAACACGGGUUGCUGAAAUACAAAGCAAAACGGAUCCUACUGAGUGGUGGUGGGUUCAAGGAGAUCAGAAUCCUGCAGACAUGACUACAAGGGUUGCAUCAGCAAGUGCUCUAGGGGCUAAUUCCAAGUGGCAAAGGGGUCCAGAUUUCUUAAAGAUGCCGUUCGAAUUAUGGCCAAUAACUCAAGAAACUACCCUGGAUAGUGAUCAGAUACCUGAUGUUGUUGGAAUAACCAUGUCGAUCACAUCUGAUGAUUGCUCAACUAUUAGUGACAUUGCCAUUGAUAUUGAUCGGUUCGCCGGUUUGAAGAAACUACUUGGAGUUACCAGCAUUGUCUUAUCCAUAUUUAAAUGGAAGACUUUUAAGGGCAUUUGUGACAAGAUCACUAUGGAGACAUUAAUUGAAGCAGAGAUGAGUUGGGUUAAGCAUGCACAGAAAGAUUUACCAAAGGACUGGAUGAAGAAGUUUCAAAGACUUGGACCAUUCCUUAAUCAAGAUGGAGUUGUGUGUGUUGGACAACGAAUGGCUGAGUGGAUCAAACAAUCAUGGGAUCAAAGAGAAUUUGUUUUGUUACCAAGAAAGGGACGUUUUACCGAGUUAGUUGUUCGCAGUGUUCACAGUGAAGAUCAUGCAGGAUUGGAAGUGACAUUAGCAAAGAUGCGAAGUGAAUACUGGAUUCCUGGAGUUCGCAAAAUCAUUAAACGAGUUAAGGAGAAUUGUGUGAAUGAGCCCAGCACCUCCAUUCUACAACUGUGCCGUUGA